CCGUCGUUACCUUGCGAAACUGCAUCUCGUGAUCGAUCGACGUACCAACACAUUACCGGUCAAAACUUCCUACUUUUGUACCUUAUAUUGCUAUCUACGAAGUUGUAUUUCUACAGAAAAUAGCAUCAAGAACUGAAAAUAACUUAAACGUGCAGGACAAAGCAAAACAUGGAUCCAUUUACGUUCAAUUCUACCGUGUUAGUGCCACUUCAACAAAAGCCCUUCAAGAGUGAUAAGUUCGACGUGUUGCGAUCUACUAUUUCUACAUCYUACAGUUAUAUUUCAGUGGAACAAGUCACAGAAGUGAUAAAUAAUUUCAGCUUCGACGAUGACAAACUUGACGCCUUGAGGAUUGCGGCACCAAAGAUGUCUCCAACGAGCUGUGCUCAGGCCGUUCAACUUCUGAACGCGUUUAGUUUUGACAAGAACAAAGUUAUAGUUGUGGAAAUUAUAGCUCCAAGCAUCAUGGAUCCGGCAAACUCACACGACUUUGACAGGGCCAUUUCUUUUAACUCAGAUCGACAAAAGGCAAGGGAAGCACUUAUGCGGCAAGGUUCAUCUUGUGGUAUGGGACCACCACCACCACACCAUCAUCAUCAGCCCCCACACCACCACCAUCACCCCCCUCAUCAUCAUCCACACCACCCCCCACACCAUUCCACACACCAUCCACCCCCACCGUCCUACCCAUCGCAGCAUCCAUAUCCAGCAGGACAAGUUCCACCUCCGGGACCAGGAGGAUACCCAGCAGGACAAGUACCCCCUCCUGUACCAGGGGGGUUUCCUCCUCCAACUGCACCUGGGUACCCACCAGCACCAGGAUAUCCAGCUUAUCCAGGAACACCAUAUCCAAUGCCUCCUGGUAGUGGUAAUCCGAUGCAGAAUGCCUUCAAUUCUGGAUARCCCCCUUAUCCACGCUAAUUGACUUAUAAAGUACUUUAUUGACUGGGCAUGAUAGUAUAAUGUAUUGUUCUGAUACAAYCCAGUAUACUUAUAUUGGAACAGUUGGUAUUUUAGUGAUAUUAUUGUCGUAAUAUGUUGCUGUCAGUAUUGCUAGUUUACUUUAUUUACUCUAUUUCAGAAUUUUGUUUUUAAAAACCGGAAGUUUAUAAUCAUCUGUCAGGACACAAUGUACUCAUCAUGCGGCACAACUUUACUGUAACAACUUGAGGGAUAAAUUAAAAUUAUGAACAAAUAGAUUUUUCAAGUCACGUGAUUCCUGACCAGUAAAAUAACGUAUAGCUGAAUUUUUCCUCGAUAGUCUUUGAAAGCCGGUAUAGAGGUUUAUAUUUUGUCAAUCUCAGAAUGACAAUCCGCCAAAACAAAUAACAAUAAACACCAAYAUUAACAUUACUCUAACCUUAGAGCUAAAAAUAAUCCAAGAUGUAUUUAAAUUGAUUGCGAUAAUUUUUUGUCAUCAGUUCUGAUUCUUGCGAAAAAGUCAAAGUCAAAAUCUUCACCAAUAAAGCCUUUUAGUC